CCAGUUAGUUACUGUUGAGUUGUCAGUGAGAAGAGACGCACCGACAGACAGACGGUGUGAAGGCUCCCCCGGGGUCUGUCCCCCCUCUCUUCCUCUUCUUCCAGGCCCUUCUGAUCACCGUCCCGGCUGGUGGCGAGCUGCCUGCUGUUCUCUCCCUGCAGCUGGUCCACUGUUUCCUGCAGCGUGGCGCCAUGCAGCUGGUCACCCACGCUGUCAGCAACAACAAACUGAGCUUCUCUGAGGAUCUGGGCGACCUCCUGACUGAGCAUGCUCAGAAGAACCCCCGCGUGGCUGACGUGUGUCUGGCGUUGGCUACCAUCGUCUACGAGGCCUGCAGGAUGGACAGGAAGACCGCACUGAGCAUGUGCAGGAGGGGCUUGAUCCACAGCGCCGCCAACUUCAUGGACCACUGCGAGGAACUCACAGCUGAGGACUGUAUGUGGGUUCUGUGUCUCUCGCCCAGCCUCUCCCUCCUCCAGCUGUUGACGGCUCCUCAGCAGGGCCGGGCGGCCAUCUUGUCUGUGGGCGUGGCCUGUUCCACUCUGCUGUCUGACCCUCAGCAGCAGCAGCUCUCUCUGCAGCUCCUGGACAGCUUGGUCAGCAGAGGACGAGGGGUUUUAGAGGAGGCCAUCCUGCAGGACAGCAGCUCUUCUGUGGACCUUUGGACCAACGUGGCGUCUCUGUGCUCCGAGCUGAACCGGGCCGACCUGAGCCGGGCCGUCCUGUCCGUCCUGCUGGGCCAGAGCGGGACCAGCGUCCUGUCCCCGGACCUGGAGGGAGCCCGGCUUAUGGAGCACGUCUUCUUCUGAAAACUGAAGCUGAAAGGUAGAAUAAUCACAGCGGAGUGAAGAGUAAACACCGGCUGGUAUUAACCUGUUUGAAAACACUGAAAGAGUUCUGAUAGAUGUUGUAAAAGCAGCUUUACGUCUCUACGUUUAUAUAUUAAAUAUUAAAUCCGAGGACCUUUGAAUGACUGUUCCUGUAGUGUAAUUUAAAGGCUUAAAUUGUUGUGUG